CCCUCAGAGAUGUGGUGGACCAGCUCCACCAGGACAACAGUGUAAACGCGGUUUUCCACGACCAUUCUCUCCAAUUACAUAUUAUAAAUCAGAACAAUUACGUUAUGUAUAUCGUUGUAUUACCCCCUGAAGAUCGGUGGGUAGUCCCGUAUCACCCAAAAACUUUACUAAUUUGGGAUGCUCGCAUGAACGCACAAUACGUCACUUUCCGUGGUCUAGGAAAAUAUCUCACCAAGUAUGUAGUGAAACCGGAACCAACUCAUGUUUUCAAUGUAGCGGAUGGCGAUAAAUAUCGAGAACAUGUGAUAGCCAGACGUCUAG